UGUUCCCUUUUAUCUCGGAUCUUGAAAUCAUCCGUUCCAUUAGCGAUUGACCAUCUCUCUCGAGCUCCGAGAGAGGCAAAUCAAACCGUUGAUUCACAAAUCAAGAGUGAGUGAUCCCCUUCACCAAAGCCAUCCAGAUUGGAUGAGGUCGCCUUCACCAAAACCUCGCCUGCAGCUCCGAACCAAACCACCUCACUCACGCCGCACGCAACGGCACCGAAUCGCAAGCCAUGGACGGGGCGUCGUCCCCGCCGUCGCGCCGCCGGUGGAGCUGGGGCUCGGCGCUCACUGGCGCGGCCACGACGGCGGCGGCGGCGGCCGUUGUGCUGUGCAGGCCGCGGGACCCGAGCUUCGAGCUCAUCUCCAUCAGCCUGUCCACCUUCCACUUCCGGCUGCCGGCGGCGCUGGACAUCGGGCUCACCCUCACCGUGCACGCCACCAACCCCAACGUCGUGCCCGUGCGAUACGGCGCCUCCACCGUCUCCAUCCUCUACGGCGGCGCGCACCUCGGCACGGCCCGCCUCGACGCCGGCGAGCAGCCGGCCACCUCCUGCCGCCUGCUCCACCUCCCCGCCCGCCUCGACGGCGUCGAGCUCGCGAGCCACGCGCGCUCCGUCCUCGCAGACGCCACGCGCCGCCACAUGGAGCUGGAUGCGGCAGUCGAGAUCGCCGGCGAAGCGGCCGUGCUCCUCUGGUCCCGCCGCUUCUCCGUCCGCAUCGACAGCCACAUCGUCGUCGACCCCGUCUUCCUGGAGGUCAUCGAACAGGACAACCGCUCGGAGAUGCAGCUCUACCUCACCUGAAUUUGAGUGUCGCGAGCGGCGAGCGAGGGAUGAGCGACGGCCUGGGCUCUUUGCUCGAUUCGUAAGGGUGGUUCUCGCGGAACUCGUUCAUCAGGGACUCCAUGGGCAUCGCCCGCAGCGACUCGAUGGCGCCUUUGCUCGGAACCUCAGGCUCAGACCUUGCCGGGGUUUCACCGGUGGGCUCGUAAUCCUGCAAGAACACCAAUUGUUGGGAAGUUCAGACAAGAGAGAUGGGAAUUGUCAAUGAUGUUUCGCUUGAUUUCCAUCUAACCUUGUAACUGCUUUGGAAAGCCUUGUCAGCGUGCGUGUUGAUGCCGGCAGCCUGGCCGGAAUGGUUCUCUUGCAGCUGCUGCAGCUCAGCAAAGUGAGCCUCAACCGUUGACACCACCAUUGAACUCGAAUUACGUGCCUCAUCCAGUAGAUCUGCACCAAGUUUGACAUGUUACGAGGUCUAGAUCAGGGAAGGAACUCUAUGAUUGUGAGUAAGAUAAACAGAUUGAGUGCCAAGAAAGUACUGUCGAUGUCCUGGGUUAUGUCCUUGCUGCUAAUGGAUGCAUGUUCUUCA